AUGCGGGUCAACGUUGCAAGAGUAUGGGAGGAUUCGGAUUAUGAGAAAGUACGAAAUCUGUGUGAAGAUAACGACGGAUGGGUUGAGGUGUAUAAAAAGAAAGACAUCACAAUUUGCACUCAAAAUAUUGAAAAUAGUAGUUAUCAGAUGAUUAAAGCAAUCGCUCUUUUCCCAGAUGUCUCUGCUGUGGUUGCAUACGAUGUACUUCACGAUUCUGCUUAUCGUGCAAAGUGGGACAAGUAUAUGAUCAAACAGGAAAAUAUUGGAAUUAUCAAUCCAAAUAAUGAUGUUUGUUAUUAUUCAUUGAACUCUGUUGCUCCAAUUCGCCCACGAGACUUUGUGAUGCAACGUAGUUGGCUGGAAACUGAUAAAGAUCGUUUGAUUUGUUCCCAUUCCGUUUGUCAUGAAGAUUAUCCGCCAGCUAAAGGAUGCAUCAGAGCAACUGUACUGCUCUCAGGUUAUUUAAUUAAAGAAAAGGAACAAGGAUGCGAGGUUAUCUAUAUCAGUCAUUCUGAUCCAAAAGGAAAACUUCCAACAUGGCUUGUGAACAGAGUCACUAAAGUUGUCGCUCCGAAAGUCAUCAAGAAAUUGCAUAAAGCGUGUCUCGGAUAUACAGAAUGGAAGGAAAAGCAUCAUCCGACUUGGAAACCAUGGAGUGUUCCAGAACAACAGAUGGAUCUGGUUCGUGUGGAUCUUAUUAAGUGUCAACCAAAAGACUACGAUCAAGAAAUAAUUGACGAGUCAAAUAUUUCUGCGAUGAGUGUCAGCACCAAAGAUGAUGAGGAUGAAGACUCGCUGAAGAACUAA